AUGGUUCAUUUGCCACUCAAAUGUCCAAAUUUUUUGCCAUGGAAAUGCAAAUCAAACAUUGUCAAUUACAUUGACUUCAUUGAGCUGAACUGGAUAUGCAAAAGUUCAGCAGCUAACAGAUUGUUCAGUAACACUACUAAUCCUAAAGGGCCAUUUGGAAAUGGAAGAAAAAGGGCUGUUUUUCCUCUGCAACAACAAUGCUGCUGCUCUACUUCAGCUACUUCAUCAGCAGAGGAAGUUGGUCAGCUAAAUGAUGCUGAAGUGUUGGAAGCUGAAGAAGGAAUCAGCAAGAAAGAAAGGCUUAUGAUGAUGACAUCGAACAGAGGAGAUAAGUUUGGUUCUCUGACUAAUGCUCAUGGAUGGCAUGUAAGGAGGAUGGUUGAGACAGAUGAAGAGAUGAGGGAAGUUGCCCGAGUUCAAGCCGAAGCUUUUCAUGAGCCUGUGAUUCUGUUCAAUGACUUGUUCUUUCAAUUCUUUCAGGCUGAAGUGCUUGCAGGGCUUCUUUACAGACUAAAGAACUCUCCAUCAGACAGGUAUGCCUGUUUAGUCGCGGAACCUGUGAAUGAUGAUGAUGGCUCUGGCACUGAAGAAGAAAACCUCGUUGGCGUUGUUGAUGUCACAGUUUUGAGGGAUAACGAUGUUCUUGGGCAUCUCCCGGGAGCAGAGGAGUACCUUUACGUUUCAGGGAUAGCUGUACUAAGCAAAUUCAGGCGGCAAAAAGUGGGCACGGCAUUGCUGAAAGCUUGUGACGCUCUUGCAGCAGUUUGGGGCUUUGAUUAUCUUGUGUUGCGAGCUUAUGAAGAUGAUUCUGGUGCCCGUAACUUGUACACAAGUGCAGGUUACAAAGUCGUUUCAGGAGAUCCUGCUUGGACAAUAUGGAUUGGUCGAAGAAGGCGUGUUUUAAUGAUAAAACGGUGUGACAGGAAUAGUUGA